UAUAGUGUUUGACACACAGCUAUAGUUUCAUGAUGCACUCGUUGCUGUAGCAGAGGGGUUUAGCCGAAUCGUGAAAGCAUCGAUGAUGACGCGUAUUACUUUCCUUCAUCCUGAUCUCGGAAUUGGCGGUGCGGAGAGACUGGUUGUCGAUGCAGCCCUUGCUUUGCGCAAAAACGGUCACGACGUAAAUUUCGUGACAACUCAUCACGACCCGGAACACUGUUUCACUGAGACCAGGGAUGGCACAUUUUCUGUCACUGUUGUGGGCAACUGGUUACCCAGGCAUAUUCUGGGCAGGUUCUACGCACUUUGCACCUAUUUACGCAUGAUAUAUGCAGCCACUUACAUAAUAUUUUCUAACCAACGACCAGAAGUUGUCUUUUGUGACCUGGUAUCUGUAUGCAUUCCUGUUCUUCGACUGCGAAUUCCAUAUGUGGUAUUUUAUUGUCACCAUCCAGAUCAGCUGCUCUCACAGCCUGGAGGCUACAGUAAACAGCUGUAUCGUAUGCCUCUAAAUUAUUUGGAAGAAAUUACUACAGGCAUGGCUCAUAAAAUAUUUGUAAAUAGUAUUUAUACAGGCAAUGUGUUUAGAAACACAUUCAAGCGAUUACACACUGAACUGGAAGUCUUAUAUCCCUCUAUUAAUACUGAUUUUUUUGACAAAACAAGAAUAGUGUCUAUAGAAAGGGUACUGGAUAGAAAAUUAUCAGAUGAUAGUAUUAUACUGUUAUCUAUCAACAGAUAUGAGCGCAAAAAGAAUUUAUCUCUUGCUUUAGAAGCUCUAGCAGAGUUAGAGAAUCUUCUGACAAAAGAAAUAUACAAACGAGUGUACUUGAUUAUAGCUGGUGGGUAUGACAAGAGAGUUGAGGAGAAUGUGGAAUAUCAUUUGGAAUUAAUAGGACUCGCUGACGAGUUACAUGUGACAGACAAAGUAAUGUUCUUACGUUCGCCUUCUGACAUAGAUAAAGUCUCUAUACUUCAUCAUUGCAAAAUUGUAAUAUAUACACCACCAAAUGAGCAUUUCGGCAUUGUGCCGCUGGAAGCAAUGUAUAUAGGCAAACCAGUAAUCGCUCAUAAUUCUGGCGGUCCGAUGGAAUCAAUAGUGUCUGGAGAGACCGGUUUUUUAGUCGACUUAUCCGGUCAGGCAUUUGCCUCGAAAAUAGCCUUCCUGAUCACAAACCCAGAUCGCACAGAAAAUUUCGGAAAAUCUGGUAGAGACAGGUUUCUAAAGAUUUUCAGUUUCGCCGCAUUCAGCGCUAAAUUGAAUAAGGCAAUAGAGGACUUAAUUAACAAGAAAGUAAAGUAACAAUGAAAGUGCUAUCCGAAUAAAUAUUCACGGUAUUCUUGACUUUUGCACAAUAUCAAAUAUAUCUUGAAUGAUUAUCGAAAAUGGUACUAGGAAAAGGGGAUAAGAGAAUGAUUGUUUUUAUGGAAUAUUUUUAGCAACCUGUAUCGAUUAAGUAUCCGACUGAAAUUUGCAUUUCUUACUAAAUGUUUAUAAGUUAUCUCUCCAAUUUAAUCUUCCAUCUAUCUUCACAUAUCUCUUUUUAAUUUUACCUUUUUUCUCACAAUGAGAUUCAAAACUUUCUUUGGUCAUUUAAAUAGCUCUAACGAACAGUUGAAGGAAACAGAAUGAUUAUAUUAUAUAUGGUAAAAAUACUGACAAUAAAUGAAA